AUGAUCCAAGCUGCCGUAUUUCCUAUUGGUCUGGUUUUGAUUAUUAUGACUGGUGCUGAGUUAUUUACAAGUAAUACUAUGAUAUUAAUGGUAUCAACAUUACAUAGACAAACAACAUUACUUAAUCUUAUCAUUUCAUGGGUAAUCUCGUACUGCGGAAAUCUUGCUGGCUGUUUGUUUUAUCAAGGCAUAUUUGUUUACUAUGCAGGUCUUCUCUCUAAUGAUCCUUAUCACUCAUUUACUGUUCACAUUGCCGAAGUAAAAGGUAAUACUCAAUGGCAUCAAAUGUUUCUAAGAGGUAUUGGAGGUAAUUGGCUGGUAUGCCUGGCAGUAUGGUUGGCCAUCAGUGGACGUGACUUACAUUCAAAAAUAAUUGGUAUUUUUCUACCUAUCUGGCUUUUUGUAGCUGUUGGAUAUGAACACUCUAUUGCUAAUAUGUUUACAGUUCAAAUGGGUAUGAUGCUUGGCGCUAAUUUGUCCAUUCCAAAAUAUAUUUUAUGCGUCAUGAUACCUGUUACACUUGGAAAUAUUAUUGGCGGAGCAUUUUUUGUUGGUUUUAUAUAUUGGUACCUUUACAUGUCGAAGAAAGCUGAUGCUGGUGCUAUGAAUGGUACUAUCUCAGCGAUUGGUGAUGAUGGUCAAGUAGUGCAUUAG